ACAUACACUCGUAUUGUUUCUGAACAGCCUCUGUGCUCAGUUUACGGUUUUGUGAUAUUUUAUAAUGUCUUCAUUGUGUUGUGGUAAUUUAUACGAGACUGCUCAGUCUGCGUUGGCCAAAAACGAUUUAAAAUGCCUUAAUGAGCUUUAUUCUCGUUUAUUGGUCGACGUUCGACCUAUGUUUACUAACGAGCAGCUGUUAGAUAGAAUUUAUGACCCCGACCAUACUCUGUGUCGAAAUUUUGGAGCUGAAAUAUAUGUGCCAAAGCACGCUCAUGACGGAAAGACUUGUACUGCAAUAAGAUCUGAAGCUUCUGGCAAUUGCCUCUACAGUUCAGCUUCCCUAGUUCUGGUUUACCUCUUCGUGGGCAUCGUGAUGAUUCCAAGUAUCACCCUACUGUUGGUUGUUAUUCAUCUGGAGGGGUUGGUAAUUUCAUUGAAACACUCAAUUAUGGAGUUAGGAGAGGGGAUAAAGUUUUAGAAAAUCAUUUAAAGAAUUGUGGUAAGAAUAGAAGUUAUAUUUCUAAAACAAGUCAAAAUAAAAUCAUUAAAUGUUGUGGCCAGGUAAUCAGUAAUCAGAUUAUUUCUGAUAUCAAAAA